AUGACUGAAUCAGCAGAUUUUACAGCACUACAGAAACAAUUGGAGGAAUUGACUGCUUUGGUCAAGCAGACUCAGGAUGAAACCAAGACCCCUAAAUGGUGGGAGAAUCAAGAGGAGCGUAUCACUGCCUUGGAGUCUAGAAUGGCUACAAAUCAAGGGUACGUGGAAGAGCUUUUGAAGAUUUUGACUGGCCGAAAAGGGGAUCAAAAUCAGCCUGAUGAGGAACAGGUACAGACCCCUAAUUUAUCUAACACGAGUGGGAAACAUGCUGUACAGGUUACAGUGGUUAAUGACAAAAAUAGGUUUACUUAUAAACCUGAUGAGCCUGGAAUUCUAAAAUCUAAGCCAAAUGAGUUGCCUACUCACAUAACCAGCUACAAAAAUGAUAUUCAAGUGGGGGAGAACAGUGCUGUUAAGAACAAUACAGUGGGUUUAGAUAUGGAUAGAAGAGGCACAGGGGGUAUUGUUGAGGAACAAAGAGUAGAAAUAGCUACAAUGUACUUAACAGGUAAAGCAGAAAUUUGGUUUGAUGGCUACAUCAUGCAAAAACAUCAUGUUACAUGGCAUGAGUUUGAGGCAGACCUAUGUCAUAGGUUCUGUGAUAAGGCGUUUGCUGAUAUAGUGGAAGAGUUUACUAAGCUGGUACAGAAAGGUUCUGUGGAGGAGUAUCAGGACAUAUUUGAAGAACUGCAGCCUCAUAUGCUCUUACAGAAUCCUACACUAGGUGAGGAAUUCUUUGUCUCUCUAUUUCUUAGUGGAUUAAGAGAUGAUAUUAAACAUAGAGUCAAGGCACUAGACCAUAAGACACUAUCUGAAGCAUACAGGCAAGCUAAACUGUAUGAAUUGUCUGUUGAAUUUGAAAGUAAGAGAAUGAGGCCAACUUUUAGAAACCCAUCCUACCCAAAUUCCCUACCUAUUUCUAAACCAACUCAGUUACCAAUUCCACAAAAGAGUUCACCCACCUUGCCACCAAAACAGAAUUUAAUAGAGUACAGAAGACAAAAUAAUAUGUGCUUUAAGUGUGGUGAGAAAUUUGUUCCAGGCCAUCAAUGUAAAGCAAAACAAUUGAACAUGAUGAUUGAAGAAGAUAUUAUUCUGCCUUCAGAUACUCUACCUACUGAUUCAGAACAGCAAGUUAUACAGGAGGAAGAGAGCCUAGAAAUAUCUAUGAAUGCUAUCACUGGGUGUAUUGGUCAUAACACCUUAAGAAUUCAGGGCAGUAUCCUAGGCAAACUAAUGAAUAUUCUAAUUGAAAGUGGUAGUACCCACAGUUUUUUAACACCACAGUGGGCUAAGGCUGGUAUACAGGUAAAUACACCUUACCCUUUGGCUAUUACAGUGGCAAAUGGUCAACAACUAUAUAGUACAGCAAGGUGUAAUAAAGUUGGAUGGCAAAUGCAAGGACACUCUUUUGUUCAUGAUUUCAGACUUUUACAGAUGGGAGGGAGUGAUAUGGUAUUGGGAGUAGAUUGGAUGAAAUUAUUUAGUCCAAUUUUGAUGGAUUUCAACAAAAUGACUCUCAGUUUUGUUCAUCAAGAUGGACAAAUUGUUAUACAUGGUCAACAACCAUCUUCAUGUUUGCAGCAAAUUUCAGGAGCUUCUUUAUUGAAAAUGACAGCUUCAGAUUCUGUUAUUUUGGGACAUAUGGUAUUAUUAUCUAUGACAGAAGCUUCUAAACCUAUUCCUGCAGCUAUUCAAUCUCUCCUAGAAAGCUACAAGGCUAUUUUUGAGGAGCCAAGAGGUCUUCCACCAGUAAGAAACCAGGACCAUGGUAUUCCCCUUAAACCUGAUUCAAUUCCUGUCAAUCUCAGGCCCUACAGAUUUCCCCACAACCAGAAGGCUGAGGUGGAAAGACAAAUUGCUACUAUGUUAUCUUCUUCUAUUAUUCAGCCUAGUAGGAGUCCAUUUGCUUCUCCAUGCCUCCUAAUUAAGAAGAAAGAUGGCUCUUGGAGGUUCUGUGUGGAUUACAGGCAACUAAACAACAUGACUAUUAAGGAUAAAUUUCCUAUUCCUGUUGUGGAGGACUUAUUAGAUGAAUUAUAUGGUGCUGUGUACUUUUCAAAGAUUGACCUCAGAUCAGGUUAUUGGCAAAUCAGAAUUAAGGAUGCAGAUAUUCACAAAACUGCAUUCAGAACUCAUCAAGGCCACUAUGAAUUUAAGACCCAAGUGGAAUACUUGGGACAUAUUAUUUCAGCAGCAGGUGUUGCUAUUGAUCCCAGUAAAGUGGAAGCAAUGAAGAAUUGGCCUCUCCCUAAAUCUUUGAAGUCUUUGAGGGGAUUUUUGGGAUUAACAGGCUAUUAUAGAAGAUUUAUUAAAGAUUAUGGUGCUAUAAGCAGGCCACUAACACAAAUGCUUAAAGCAGACAAUUUUAAGUGGACUACUGCAGCUUUGACUGCUUUUGAAGAUCUUAAAAGAGCCAUGUCCACUGCUCCUGUUUUGGCUCUUCCAAAUUUUACUCAGAAUUUUUAUUUGGAGACAGAUGCAAGUUCAGGAGGUAUAGGUGUUGUUUUAUCUCAAAAUGGUAGACCUAUAGCAUUUUUGAGUAAGGCCCUUAGUCCAAGAAAUGCUACUCUUUCUAUUUAUGAAAGAGAAUAUUUGGCUAUCCUAUUAGUAAUAUCUAAAUGGAGACAUUACUUAGAGGGUAAUCCUUUUGUCAUUAAGACUGACCAUGAACCUCUAAAAAAAGGGAAAUCAAAUGUGGUGGCAGAUGCAUUAUCUAGACAGUGGGAGGAUCAGGGACAGUGUUUGGUUAUGGGCACAACUAUAAUUAUUCCGAGUUGGGUGCAGGAGGUGGAGGCUAGUUAUAAGGGAGAUUUAUUGGCUACUGAUUGGAUCACCAAAUUGGCUGUUCAUGCUACUGCUGAUAAUAAAUGGAGAUAUUCAAAAGGAAUCCUUAGAUAUAAGGAUAGAGUUUAUAUUGGGGAGGUUGGAUCUCUUAGACUACAUAUUCUUCAGACAUUACAUGACUCACCUCAUGGGGGUCAUUCUGGAAGUCAAGCAACUUAUCAGAGAAUUAAAUCUUACUUCUAUUGGCCUAGACUUAAAACUAUGGUGGUCAAUUAUGUUAAACUUUGUGCCGUCUGCCAACAAACUAAGGUGGAACAUAUUGCUAAACCAUGA